AUGGCAGCUUACGAUUCUGCAAACCGCUUGGAGAAAGGGGAUCCUGUAUCUCCCUCCCACACCGAACAUACGACUAUUACAGAAUCGUCCUUAGAAAAGGGCAAGGACUUAGACCACGUAAACAAUCCAGAGCAGUCACGCUCUCCGAUCAUUGUUCGAUUCUAUCGCUGGUUCCGACAACGAUGGAUUGUAGGAGUUCCAUCCGGAAUGCAUCGACAUGGUCGCAUGGCCCCUACCAUAACUCGUAAGCAUCAUCCGACGGGGUAUCCUAGAGUUGCUUGUUUUCUUGAUAGCGAUGAUGCUUUCAUGGUAUACCGAAGAUUUGGCUAUCUGUUCUCUCGCCUGCUCCUUUCGAAGCAAGAGGAGAUCAGUAUGCUGGAAUCUUCGUUGGCUGGAAUGGACAAGCAAGACAAGGCCGAGGAUAACGAGAGGUAUAUCAAAUCUCAUUUUGAGGAUGCGAAUCGCGAGAAUAGACCUGAGGCAUGGCCCGAGUCUCGCACCGAGCUUUUGGUCAGACUGGAGGCAAAAGUAAAAGAGUACGCCGAUCUCUUGCUCAAGGCACAGCAACUUAAAUCGCUCGACCAGCCAUCUCGUCGAGACUACAAGAGCGUGUUACACUUCAUGGAGAACGAUGGUGGACCACUCUAUACGAAGGAGGCCGGGUUCAUCUAUAACAGGGAAGAUCUUGUGACUUUACGGCCUGGUCGAGAUCAUGCCUGGCUUGAUGGGAUCCUUGAGCGGACUUUGAAGGCAUUGAGAAGUCGACCGAUCAUAGUAGUCCUGACGUCUGAACAGGAGACCAGAGAGAAGAGUGACGAGGAGGUUAUUCAUUACUAUGAUCGCGAUCGUAUCUCGAUCUGUGUGACUUUGAUCCUGACAAUCAUGAUUUUGGCUCUGCUCGUAGUACCUGUCUGGAUCCUGUACCGGCUCUGUGUUGCUGGGACCAUUGCUACCAGUCCGAACACCCUAUGUGUGAUAGCUAUAUUCACAUUGCUUUGUACUGCAAUACUUGCGUGCUUCACAAAAGCCAAGCGCCACGAGAUUGUGGCUGCCUCUGCUGCGUAA